AUGUCGGACGCGCCGGCGAGCCCGCCGGGCAGCGACAGCGACGGCUUUAGCGGCGUCAGGGAGCAGGACAGGUUCCUGCCCAUCGCCAACAUCAGCAGCAUCAUGAAGAAGCCAAUCCUGGCCAACGGCAAGAUCGCCAAGGACGCCAAGGAGAUCGUGCGGGAGGCGAGCGGCAAGUGCCAGAGGGAGAAGUGCAAGACCAUCAACAUCGACGACCUGCUCUGGGCGAUGGCCACGCUAGGCUUUCAGGAGUACAUUGAGCCCCUCAAGGUUUAUCUGCAGAAUUACAGAGAGGUUGCUGACUUUGGUCUGGCCAAGAUCCAGCACGAAGACGACACAGCCAUGUGUCUACGCUGGCGAUGGGGACUUUCGGCUGUUUACAUGGCCGAGUGGUCCAGAGAUGUUUCCUUCAUGCAGCAGUUUAAGUUGCUUCCAAUUAAAUCUGCUAUUAAUUGA